GUCUUACAUACCGUUACGUUACUGAUGAGUGUGAAGUUGCAGGAUACAAAUGGCCUGCUGGCACAAAUUUUCAUUUGAAUAUUUUUGCGGUACAUGUCACCGAAUUUUGGAUUGAUCCUAAAGCUUUCAAUCCGGAUAGAUUUUAUAAUUAUAGUCCUCCCGAUUUAAUGUUUUUGUAUAUAAGCAUUUAUAACGCUGAUUUGGUUAAUAUAAAUGAACCAUUAAAAAUUUUUACUAGUGGACUUGCGAAUUGUAAGGAAUUGAAG